AUGGCGAUCGGCGAUAGCCUCCCGGUCCUGUUGGCCUUUUCCGUUGUCGAGGCCUAUUUCCUCCAGCGCACCGUCUUCGCCGAUGAGGCGUUUCGGACGGUCGUGCUGGGUGCCCUGGGUAUGAAUUUCGUGCUCAAAGGCUUCUACAGUCUGAUCAUUUGGCCCUUGUUCAUGAACCCGCUGCGCCAUCUGCCCACGAUUCCGGGCUUGAUGAACCACGCCAAGAUCAUCUUCGACUCUCCACGCGGUCGGAUGCCGCUGCACUGGAUGAAGACCAUCCCCAACGAUGGCCUCAUCCACAUGCGCGACACCAUCAGCCAGAGUUACCUGAUAGCCACCAACCACCAGGCCCUGCUGGACAUCAUGAGCACCAACACUUACGACUUUGAGAAGCCCUGGCGUGCGCGUAACUUCCUCGCUCGCAUCCUGGGCUUCGGUCUCAUCCUGUCCGAGGGUCCCGCUCACAGGAAGCAGCGCAAGGCCCUGACGCCGGCGUUCAACAUCAAAAACAUCCGCGCCAUGUACUCCCUCAUGUGGGACAAAACCAACCAGCUGCUGGUCGAGUUGGAGAAAGAGCUCAAGCUGAACCCGAUGGAGGGAACCAACCCGGACGAAGGCUAUGGCAAGUUGGAGAUGGGCGUGUGGGGAAGUCGUCUGACCCUCGAUAUCAUCGGCCCCGCUGCUAUGGGUCGAGACUUCCGCUCGCUGCAAAACUCCGACAACAAGGUCGCCGAGAGCUUCCUCAACAUUCUCGAACCCACCACCGAGAAGAUGGCCUUCCUGGCUAUGAACUUUACCCUACCCCAGUGGAUCGCCCAGCGUGUGCCCUGGCAUCUGAAUAAGGUCGUGGCCAACGAGACCGGUUUCCUUCGCAAUCUGUGCACCGACAUCGUCCUCGAGAAACGACAGUUCCUGGCUGAUUCCAAGGCCUCCGCUAAAGAUCUCGAAGCCGAUAUUCUCGGUACCAUGAUGCUAGGCGGUGAUUUCUCCGAUACCGAGCUGGUGGAUCAGAUGUUGACAUUUUUGGCUGCCGGACAUGAAACUACCGCUGCCGCCCUCACUUGGGCCUGCUACCUGAUGGCUCUCCACCCAGAGUACCAGGAGAGACUUCGCGCAGAGAUCCGCGAAAAGAUCCCCUCCGCUGAAAGCCCGAUCACCUACAGCGACCUGGAAUCCCUCCCGCUGCUGAAUGGCGUCUGCCAUGAAGUCCUGCGCCUAUAUCCAACCGUCCCAGCCACCAUCCGCGAAUCCAUCCGCGACACAAUGGUCGCAGGCAAACGCGUCCCCAAGGGAACACGCAUCAUCCUCUGCCCAUACGCAAUCAACCGCUGCCCCCUCUUCUGGGGCGACAACGGCGAGGAGUUCUAUCCGGAGCGCUGGAUCGACACCGACAAGAACGGAAACAAAGUUCCAAACAAGAACGGCGGUGCCUCGACCAAUUUUGCCGAGAUAACAUUCCUGCACGGCCAGAGAGCGUGUAUCGGAAAGGACUUUGCACGUGCGGAGCUGAGAUGUGCGGUUGCCGGUGUUGUUGGUCGCUUUGCGAUCGAGAUGCAGGAUCCGAAACAGGAGAUUCAUAUUGCCGGAGCGGUUACUACGAAGCCCGUUGAGGGAAUGCAUUUGAAAAUGCGUCGUGUUGAGGGGUGGUAG